AUGGAAAAACGCCGGCAGCGGGAGCUCAAACGGAGCGCCUCCUCCUCUUCUUCCGUGGACCACGAAAAUGACGAUGACGACGACGGGGAGGGUGACGGGAAGGGGGGGGCGAUUUCCCUCGCGGAGCAGCGUCGUCAGGAGGAGGAGGCGCGGCAUCGCGCGCAGCUGCUCGAGCGGCGCGCCGCUGAGGAGGUGGAAAAGCGGCGGCGUUUCGCCGAAUUCCGCGCGCGUCAAAUCGCGAUGAGUCGUCACCGAAAAGAGGCCGCCGCGGCGAGGAAGGAGGAGAGUCGCACGCGGCGGCAGCAACACGAGCAUCGCAUCGGCCGCGCCGUCGAAGACGAGGAGGUGACGGAACCGACGGCGGCAGAUCGAGGGGAUUCUCCCUGA